GUCGGACUGUGGAAAUGAUGGAAUAAUAGAGUUGUGAAAAGAGUGGAUUAAAUAUCAAUAGGUUAGUUUACGCUUUAUUUAAUGGUUUAUUUAAUUAAUGACAGUCUGUUGUUUUUAUUAAAGGAUUUGUCAUUACUGGAUUACUUUGUUAACACAAUUCAACUAAAUUUACAUAACAAUUUAACCAACAACAAUGCCUAAUUUAGUAUACAUAUUAAACUUGCUCAGAAACUGGAGACUUCAAGACGACAUACCUCUCAGUAUAACUUCUGAGACCCACCCUGCCACUCCCGUGAUAGCAGUUCUACCUGCCGAAAUAACGGGACCGCCUGAGAAGAAAGCUAUUCUGCUAUUUAAUGAUGCAAAUACAAAUAAUGUUAAUAAUAUGACCAAAAAAGUAAAUAAAAAAGAUGAUGUACUUGAAGUAAAGGAGGAAAUUUUGAAUAAUAUCAAGAAAUCGAAUAAAGAGACAAUGGUUAAUAUGAAGAAUGCCCUGAAUGAUGCAAAAAAUGAGAGUAGUAAUGGUCUUGAAAGUAUUGAAAUAGUUCCCAAAAGAAAAUCUUUUGCGACCUGGGUGAUUAAUACGUUCCAUACAUUAACGAGCGCUCCCGGUACAAAACGCGAAUUGGAGAACAUGCUGCCAUCUGACGUGGAAAAGGGAAACAACAAGCCAGCAGAGGGAGGAGGUGGCUGUUCGGAAACCGUGUGUUCGAUCGCGUCCAGUCCUUACAGGAUCCUGAGGGCGGCUGAGAGCGGCAAUCUGGACAUGUUUCAGAAACUCUACCUCCAGGAUCCCAGUCGGCUGUCGCUCAGAGAUCCCAGAGGGAGGACCACAGCUCACCAGGCCGCGUCCAGGAACAGGACGAAUAUACUCACGUUCAUCAGGCAACAGGGCGGAGAUUUAAAUGCCCAAGACAAUGCUGGAAACACUCCUUUACACGUUGCUGUUGAAUAUGAGGCUCUCGAUGCAAUAGACUACCUGUUGAGUUGUGGUGUUAAAACAGACGUUCUCAAUGAAAAGAAGCAGGCUCCGGUACAUUUGGCAACGGAGCUCAACAAAGUUACGGUUUUAGAGGCGAUGUCAAAACACAAGGACAAGAUAGAUAUUCAACAAGGUGGUGAACACGGUCGAACUGCACUUCACAUCGCUGCGAUAUACGAUCACGAUGCCUGUGCAAGACUUUUGAUAUCUGAGCUUAACGCUAGCCCAAGAAAACCUUGCAACAACGGAUAUUAUCCUAUUCAUGAAGCGGCAAAAAAUGCCUCGUCCAAAACCAUGGAAGUGUUUUUACAGUGGGGUGAAUCUCUAGGUUGUUCUAGGGCAGAAAUGAUCUCGUUCUACGAUGCAGAGGGCAACGUUCCUCUGCAUUCUGCCGUACAUGGUGGAGAUAUCAGAGCAGUGGAGCUAUGUAUAAGAUCUGGUGCGAAGAUUUCCACACAACAACACGAUCUAUCCACACCAGUACAUCUAGCUUGCGCCCAAGGCGCUAUAGAAAUAGUGAAAAUCAUGUUCCAAAUGCAACCAGAAGAAAAGCAGGCAUGUUUGGCAUCGUGUGAUGUACAGAAGAUGACACCGUUGCAUUGUGCCGCCAUGUUUGACCAUCCCGAAAUUGUUGAGUACCUGAUAAGCGAGGGAGCCGAUUGUAACCCGAUGGAUAAGGAGAGGAGGUCGCCAUUGUUGUUGGCGGCCUUGAGAGGAGGUUGGAAAACGGUUCACACAUUAAUACGACUAGGAGCAGAUAUCAACAUAAAAGACAUCAACAAAAGGAAUGUUCUCCAUUUGGUAGUCAUGAAUGGAGGAAGAUUAGAGCAAUUUGCUGCUGAAGUGAGUAAGGCCAAGACCAAUGAGAGCCUUCUACAACUCCUGAACGAAAAGGACCUUACCGGUUGUUCCCCGUUGCACUACGCGAGCAGAGAAGGGCACAUCAGAAGUUUGGAGAACCUAAUAAAAUUGGGCGCUUGUAUCAACUUGAAGAAUAACAAUAACGAGAGUCCCUUACAUUUUGCGGCGAGGUAUGGUCGCUACAAUACAGUAAAACAACUUCUAGACUCAGAAAAAGGUAAUUUCAUUAUUAAUGAAAGCGAUGGAGAAGGAAUGACACCGCUACAUAUUGCGUCAAAGCAGGGCCACACAAGAGUUGUCCAAUUAUUACUAAACAGAGGCGCACUUCUUCACAGAGAUCAUAACGGCAGAAAUCCUCUACACUUAGCCGCAAUGAACGGAUAUACUCAAACUAUUGAACUCUUGCUCUCGGUGCAUUCGCAUUUGCUCGAUCAAACAGAUAAGGAUGGCAACACUGCCCUGCAUCUGGCAACGAUGGAGAACAGACCAAGCAUAGUAUUGCUGUCUAUGAAAUGAAAAUUGCUGUACAACCAGUCGGAUAUGAGCGCUAUCGACUACGCCAUUUACUAUAAGUAUCUGGAAGCUGCCUUGGCAAUGGUUACACACGAGGAUAGGUAAGAAGGGGUUAUGCUCUUGAAAUCUUCAAAAUAUCCAUCAGUUUCUUUGGCUCUGAUAGCGGCGAUGCCUAGAGUGUUUGAAGCAGUUCAAGAUAAGUCAAUAAUGAAGUCAAAUUGCAAGAAGGAUUCAAAAACGUUUUCGAUAAAAUAUAACUUUAGUUGCCUUCAAUGUAACAAUCUUGUGGAAAAUGGCGACGAUAAAAAUACUGAGAAACCUAUGCCUUUACCAGCUCUCAAUGUAAUGGUAACUCAUGGACGAGUAGAAUUGCUAGCUCAUCCACUGAGUCAGAAAUAUCUCCAAAUGAAGUGGAACUCUUACGGAAAAUACUUCCAUCUGGCAAAUCUGCUAUUUUACUGUCUAUUUCUAGGCUCCAUCACCUGCUUCACCUCUCAGCUCAUGGAACACGAAGCUGCGCUGAAUUUUAGCUACAUGAACUAUGCCAACAUGACCAAAACCUCGCAAUUUUCAGAAAGAAAAUCAGAAAUUCUAAACGUCCAUAUCAAUUAUUCCAUGCACAUCAGCGCUCUAGCUAUUUUGGUCUACAUCGUAGUCAGUGCAGGUAGAGAACUAGCCCAAGUAUUCCAGCAAAAGUUUUUAUAUUUCAUAAACCCUAUCAAUUUGGUUACUUGGCUCCUAUACAUUGCGGCCAUAGUGAUGGUGUUGCCAAUCUGGGGUGGUGGAAUAUACGAGAUUCAGUUUUCUUUUGCUUCUCUGGUUGUGUUUUUGAGUUGGUUCAAUUUGCUCCUACUCUUGCAAAGGUUUGACCAAGUGGGAAUCUACGUGGUAAUGUUCCUGGAAAUUCUGCAAACUCUUAUCAAAGUCUUGAUGGUGUUCUCCAUAUUAAUUAUUGCGUUCGGACUAGCUUUUUAUAUUCUUCUUUCAAGAGGUGAUCACUUAUCUUUUAAAUCUAUACCGAUGUCACUGAUAAGAACCUUCUCAAUGAUGCUGGGCGAAAUAGACUUUCUUGGUACCUACGUCAAACCAUAUUACUACUAUCUCAACACCAAAGAAGAUGAAAAUACGUUCUUACCAUUUCCUAUGCCUGCGUUCCUAAUGCUGGGCCUAUUUAUGGUUCUCAUGCCGAUUUUACUAAUGAAUCUGCUUAUUGGUUUGGCAGUUGGUGAUAUCGAAAGCGUCAGAAGAAAUGCCCAGUUGAAGCGCUUAGCUAUGCAGGUGGUUUUGCACACUGAACUAGAACGAAAAUUACCAAAAAGAUGGUUGGAAAAGGUAGAUAAACAGGAAUUGGUCGAAUAUCCCAAUGAAGCUAAACAUAAGAAAGGCUUUGUAGACUUUAUUUUGAAGAAAUGGUUUGGCAGUCCUUUUUCAGAUGAGUGUGAUCUAGCUAUGGAAAACUCGGAAGACUACGUUAUAUCAGAACUUGAGAAAACAAAAAGAAAACUUCGAGAUAUUUCACAGUCGUUGGAAACUCAGAGCCACUUUCUUAGGCUCAUAGUACAGAAAAUGGAGAUAAAAACAGAAGCCGAUGAUGUGGAUGAAGGGGUACCAUUAAGAAACGGAACCAGUGAGCACUCAAGCAAAUGGACUUCACCAAAAAUUCGGAAGAAAAUCAAAUCAGUACUCAGUUUCUCACACAGGGCCAAUAGUACUUAGUUUAGAUUUUAAAACAUUAUAAUUUAAGUCCAAAAUGUAUAUAGAGACAUUUAUUUAUUUAUAUUUUCACAUAAAAACUGUUAUUUAAUGUACUUUUUUAAAGUACUUUUUCCCCAAAAUAUUAGUCCGCUAUACUAGGCUAGUUUCUAAAUUAAAAAAAAACUCGAUUUUUUUAAAACAUUUAAAAUUUAAUUCAUUGUAUAUUUCAUUAUUAAUUUAAAGCUUUUAGAAAAUUUGAUUUAUGUCUGUUAGAUCUGAUAGAAAAAAAUAUUGUAUUAGGAUUAGAGAUUUUAAAAAGAUGUCAGAUAUAUUUACUUAUAAUAUGUACCUAUAUGUCUUUUUAGUGUUAGUUUAGGUAGUAUAGAACUAUUUAGUUUAUCUUAAAAUGAUAUAUGUGAUCGAUGUCAAAUUAAAAUUCAUGGUAGUUUGAAACA